AUGGCAAUGAAGCUCAUUUGUGGUUGUCUUCUGGCAGUUGCCAUGCUUGGCUGUCUGGCUGAUGCUCAGUAUCCCCAGUAUCCCCAGCAGCCCAAGCAGCCUCAGCAGCCCAAGCAGCCUCAGAGGCCCCAGGUGCCCCAGGUGCCCCAGGUGCCCCAGCAGCCUCAGAGGCCCCAGGUGCCCCAGCAGCCUCAGCAGCCCAAGCAGCCUCAGAGGCCCCAGGUGCCCCAGGUGCCCCAGCAGCCUCAGAGGCCCCAGGUGCCCCAGCAGCCUCAGCAGCCCAAGCAGCCUCAGUGGCCCCAGCAGCCUCAGCAGCCCAAGCUACCUCAGAGGCCCCAGGUGCCCCAGCAGCCUCAGCAGCCUCAGCAGCCCAAGCAGCCUCAGAGGCCCCAGGUGCCCCAGCAGCCUCAGGGGCCCCAGCAGCCUCAGCAGCCCAAGCAGCCUCAGUGGCCCCAGCAGCCCAAGCUACCUCAGAGGCCCCAGGUGCCCCAGCAGCCUCAGCAGCCUCAGCAGCCCAAUCAGCCUCAGUGGCCCCAGGUGCCCCAGGAACCUCAGCAGCCCAAGCAGCCUCAGUGGCCCCAGGUGCCCCAGGAACCUCAGCAGCCCAAGCAGCCUCAGUGGCCCCAGCAGCCUCAGCAGCCUCAGCAGCCCAAGCAGCCCACAACAACAUUUAACACUUGUGAAGUGUCUGAUUACUACAAGGUACAGUGUGGAGCUUCUGGGAUUUCUGCUUCAGAUUGUGACGCUAUAAACUGCUGCUUUGAUGGAAAAAUGUGCUUUUAUGGCAAAGCUGUGACUCUUCAGUGCACCCAGGACGCCCAAAUGAUUGUGGUGGUGGCCAGAGAUGCCACCCUACCCAACAUCGACUUAGAGUCAAUUACUUUCCUUGGAAAUGAUCCGAACUGCAAUCCUGUUGACACCACUUCAGUUUUUGCCAUCUACCAGUUCCCUGUGACUUCCUGCGGCACUUCCAUGAUGGAGGAGCCUGGGGUUCUUAUCUAUGAGAACAGGAUGACCGCCUCAUAUGAAGUCGCUAUCGGACCCUACGGAAUAAUUACCAGGGACAGCAGCUAUGAUCUGACUGUCCAGUGUAGAUAUAUCGGCACCUCAGUUGAGGCUCUGGUCAUUGAGGUUGGCCUUGUUCCUCAACCACCCCCAGUUGCAGCUCCUGGACCUCUGCGCGUGGAGCUGAGGCUGGGCAACGGACAGUGUACUGCCAAGGGUUGCGUGGAAGAGGAUGUGGCCUACAGCUCCUUUUACAUGGAUUCGGACUACCCCGUCACAAAGGUGCUCCGUGAAGCUGUGUACCUUGAAGUCCAAAUUCUGGAGAGGACUGAUCCCAACCUUGUGUUGACUCUUGGAAGAUGCUGGGCAACUAUUAACCCCUACCCUCAUAGUCUUCCUCAGUGGGACUUGCUGAUUGAUGGCUGCCCAUACCGUGAUGACCGUUACCUGACAGCCCUGGUCCCUGUGGAUGCCUCAUCAGGACUUAUGUACCCAACCCACUACAGGCGUUUUGUUUUCAAGAUGUUCACAUUUGUAGCUUCUGGAAGUGCCAGUCCCAACAAGGGAGGGGCUGCAGAUCCAGCAGUUAUGACUCCUCUCAAUGAAAAGGUGUAUAUCCACUGCGAAACAGUUGUGUGUCACCCCUCUCUUGGAAAUGAUUGUGAACCCAGGUGCUUCAGAAAGAGUAAGUAG